AUGUAUUCAAAUCUUAAUUCUGUUAUAAUAUUCGAUCGACAUCGUUCAUCAGAGACAACAUCAGAUGUUGGAGAAUAUUUAUAUGAUAAUGAUUUAGAAUGGGAUCAAUCAGAUUUGACUUAUCAUUUACCAGAGUCUGAUGUAUUAUCAUCAUAUGAUAUUAAUGAAAUUGCUGAAAUAUUAUGUAAUCAUUAUCUUGAGUUUAAUAUAUCAUCACAAAUAGAUGAAUGUUCAACACCUAUUUGUCAAUCAACAAUAAAUGAUAUUAUUAUUCCUAUAAAAUCAAAUAAUGAUUCAAAAAAAGAAAAUUUUCUUGAAAAUCAUUCUGAUAGAUAUUUAAAUAAAAAUUCAAUAAUAAGACAUCGAUUAUACCGAAGUUUAUCUAAUUUAAAUUCAAUAAAACAACAAAAAACAUAUUUUCUUUUAUCAAAACAUUUAUCAUUAAUGAAUAUUAAAUCAAUUGAAUGUCAAUUUUUAAAACAUUCAACAUCAUGUAAAACUAUUUUAAUAAAAGAAAAUGAUGGUAAAUCAUUUCUUUCUAUACCUCAAUCAAUUGAAUUUCAAUCAGAACCAAAAUUAAUUAAUACAAUAACAAAUAUCAACAUUUCAUCUUUAUCACAAUUCGAGUUAAUUCAUUCAUAUUUAACUCAAUUGAAAAAUAAAGUUUAUUCAUUUACUUUACAAAUAUUUCAAUCAACAAAAAUACCUCUUAUUACAACAGAAGAAAUUAUUCAAACUUAUGACAUUAUUGAAGAAUAA